AUGAAUAUGAAAAGUAACCCUUCUCUGGGGCUCAAUUUUGGAACUCUUGGGAGCAGUGCAACUCCUGCAACGACCUCUGCUCCUUCAGUUGGUUUUGGAACUGGGCUCUUUGGAUCAAAACCUGCCACUGGCUUUACUCUUGGAGGAACAAAUACAGGAAUUGCAACAACUAUUUCUACAGGAUUAACUCUGGGAGCACCAGCCACUACAUCAGCAUCUACCACAGGUUUCAGCUUGGGGUUCAAUAAGCCAGCAGCGUCUGCCACGCCCUUUGCCCUGCCAAUUGCUUCUACCUCAGCUGGUGGUCUCACUCUCUCAUCAGCUCUGACAUCAACUCCAGCAGCUUCCACAGGAUUCACUCUGAACAAUUUGGGAGGAACACCUGCCACAACAACAGCCGCAUCCACAGCCCUUUCCCUUGGGGGAGCCCUAACUGGCUUGGGAGGUUCACUGUUCCAAAGUACAAACACAGUAGCAUCAGGACUUGGACAGAAUGCUUUAGGCUUGACUUUGGGAACUACUACAGCUACUUCAACAGCAGGCAAUGAAGGCCUUGGUGGUAUAGAUUUUAGUAGCUCAUCAGAUAAAAAAAGUGAUAAAACAGGAACAAGACCAGAGGAUAGUAAAGCACUGAAGGAUGAAAAUCUCCCUUCUGUCAUCUGCCAGGAUGUUGAAAAUCUACAGAAAUUUGUGAAGGAACAAAAACAGGUCCAAGAAGAGAUUAGCAGGAUGUCUUCUAAAGCAAUGCUUAAAGUACAGGAAGAUAUUAAAGCUCUAAAACAGCUACUGUCAUUGGCUGCCAGUGGGUUACAGAGGAACACGCUCAAUAUUGACAAGCUGAAAAUAGAAACCGCUCAGGAGUUAAAAAAUGCUGAAAUAGCUUUAAGGACCCAGAAAACACCACCUGGACUUCAACAUGAAAACACAGCUCCUGCAGACUACUUCAGAAUUUUGGUUCAGCAGUUUGAAGUCCAACUUCAGCAAUACAGACAGCAGAUUGAAGAACUAGAAAACCAUCUUGCCACUCAAGCAAAUAAUUCACAUAUAACCCCUCAAGAUUUGUCAAUGGCUAUGCAGAAAAUUUAUCAAACAUUUGUAGCUUUAGCUGCCCAACUUCAAUCUAUUCAUGAAAAUGUAAAGGUGCUCAAAGAACAGUACCUUGGCUACCGAAAAAUGUUCUUGGGUGAUGCUGUAGAUGUGUUUGAAGCCAGGCGCGCGGAAGCCAAGAAGUGGCAGAACACGCCCAGAGUGACCACAGGGCCCACCCCCUUCAGCAACAUGCCAAAUGCAGCAGCCGUUGCCAUGGCUGCCACACUUACACAGCAGCAGCAGCCUGCUCCAGGCCCACAGCCAUCUCUGGGAGUUAGUUUUGGAACGCCUUUCGGUUCAGGUAUUGGCACUGGCUUGCAACCAAGUGGCUUAGGUUCUUCAAACCUUGGAGGAUUUGGAGCUAGCUCUGGUUUUGGAAGCAGCACCACAGGGGCCUCCACAUUUGGAUUUGGAACAACAAAUAAACCCUCAGGAAGUCUUAGUGCAGGCUUCGGCAGCUCCAGCACGUCUGGGUUUAACUUCAGCAAUCCUGGCAUCACGGCAUCUGCUGGCUUGACCUUUGGGGUGUCCAAUCCUGCCUCUGCAGGCUUUGCCACGGGAGGACAACUCCUGCAGCUGAAGAAACCGCCAGCUGGAAACAAAAGAGGAAAAAGAUAAACACGGGCUGAGGUGUUCAGAGAAUCUAUAGCAGCAUCCUUCCUUCUGAGUCUAUUUUUCUAAAAUGGAUGCAGUGCUUAAGUUGCAUCCUAGGAGAUUUAUAAAGUUUUUAUCUUUUUCCCUAUUCUGGAAUUCAGACUUUGUUCAUAUGGCCAGCUUCUGUCCCACUCCCACCCCCCGUGAAUUGAAAAUCCACUUGUGUAUUUUUUGUUACUUUGAUUUGUAAGAAAUGUUUGAAUUGCAUAAUCGUUGAUUGACUAGUAAAGCCUGCUGUUGAACUUGGUGUUAGUAGCAUCGUUUCUUGGUAAGGUUUACACUGUGUUAAUAUAUGCCAUUGAUUUUGUAUACAGAUGUUGUAAACUCUAGGAUCUCUGCUAGAAUCAGUUUGUUCCCUGGCAGAAGACUUUGGAACUACACUGCAGGGCAUCUUGUGAAUAUGUAUGUAAAUUAUACAGACUACUACACACAAUUGUGUGCAUAUAAAACAUAUUUAC